AUGACACAGUAUAGUGUUACAAGAUUUUCUUUCCUGCCAGUAAUAAUAUUAUUAUUAUUACCAUCAUCAUCAUCAUCAUCAUCAUCAUCAUCAUCAUCAUCAUCAUCAUCAUCAUCAUCAUCAUCAUCAUCAUCAUCAUCAUCAUCAUCAUCAUCAUCAUCAUCAUCAUCAUCAUCAUCAUCAUCAUCAUCAUCAUCAUCAUCAUCAUCAUCAUCAUCAUCAUCAUCAUCAUCAUCAUCAUCAUCAUCAUCAUCAUCAUCAUCAUCAUCAUCAUCAUCAUCAUCAUCAUCAUCAUCAUCAGCAUCAGCAUCAUCAUCAGCAUCAGCAUCAUCAUCAUCAUCAUCAAAAAUGCAACAAUACCUCAUAAGAGACAUGAAUUCAGUUAGAGAUAGAAUAUCAUUACCAUUAUUAUAA